AUGCGUAGCAAUAUCUCCACAUUCCGUCGUCAUAGGUUAUUGACAACCCCAUUCAAGCAUGUUGUUCCUCGCUUCUUCAUUGUUUCAAGCUCAAAGGAUCAAUCUGUCCAGCACUUUGCUUCUUUCUCAACUGGUUCAGUGAAUCUCCUAGCAUCUAUAGGCAAUACACCGUUGCUAGAGCUUACAUUACUAUCCAAACUUACUGGUUGUAAGCUUCUAGCGAAAGCCGAAUACACUAAUCCAAGUGGAAGUAUCAAGGACCGUGUGGCCAAGUCACUAAUAUUGGACGCUGAGAAACGCGGUUUGCUCAAACCAGGAGGAACUAUUAUUGAAGCUACCGGAGGUAGUACAGGGGUAUCACUUGCAAUGCUCGGUGCUUCUCGAGGUUACAAGACAGUGUUAACGAUGCCUGACAUUACUGCUAAGGAGAAGGUGCAGAUGAUGAAAACGAUGGGUGCUCAAGUGCACAUUUUGCCCACGACGUCCAUGUCGGACAAAGCAAAUCACUUUUUUCACGUCGCUCAACGUCUUGCAGAGACGAUUCCAAAUGCGUAUUGUCCUAAUCAGUUUGACAAUAUUGCAAACAUGCAAGCGCACUAUGAAGGUACAGCACCGGAGAUUUGGCGCCAGGUUCAAGGUGAGAUCCACGGAUUCGUGACAUCGGCUGGAACGUCGGGGACCGUUGCUGGUAUGUCAAGAUUCCUUAAGAAGCACAAGCCUGAUGCAAAGGUCUGGCUUAUUGAUCCCAAGGAAACUGCAGCCAUGUCUGCGUUUAUUAACAAUGACAGAUCGACAAGUACGAUCAAGGAUGGCUUUGAGAUUGUGCCCAUGGCAAGCGGAUGGACUAUCGCGGAAGGUGUUGCAGCGCUUUCGCGCGUAACGGAAAACCUGCGCAAGUCAAUUGUCGACCAAGCUAUCACUGCCACGAACCAAGAAAUCGUCGAUAUGGCAUAUUUCCUGCUGCGUAAUGAUGGCAUCUUUGUGGGGCCUAGCAGUGCGCUUAAUGUAUUGGGAGCGGUCAAAAUGGCGCGUGAGCUUGGUCCAGGCCAUACUAUUGUAACUAUCUUGGCUGAUGGUGGUAUUCGCUAUGGUAGCAAACUAUACAAUGAGGAAUGGCUGAAGGAACACAAUUUGGUGCCGCAUAAAGCUGCUACAAACAAGAAGAUAGUGUCGCUAGACUUUGUGCAUGAACAUAAGUUUCUGAAAGUCGUUUGA